CAAUCAAUCAAUCAAUCAAUCAAUCUUAAUCAUGUCCCAAUCUAACACCUCCAUUUCGGCCCUCGAGGACAGCAAGGUCUCUGCUGUGUUUCUUGUCAGUGACAAUGAAGAUGAAGAGGAAAUGCCCCUGUCGGAAACUCCGUACCUCGACGAGUAUGAACCAAAUGCCAACAUUGCCAGCUUUCUGGACAAAGAGAUCACAGUUGGCAAGUUCAUUGGUCAAGGUCGCUUUACGGAAAGCUACCAAGUCAAGUCCUUUCGUCGUGAUAUCAUGUUCCAAGCCAAAUCGGUGCAAGACGAGAGGAACCGACUCGAGCUCUCCGAGACGGCCAAGAACAAUAAAAAGGGCAGUUAUAACUACAGCCUGAAACAGGUCCGAGGUGGACUCAUGACGGAACGAGAGGUGGAACGUGCCGCAUUGGGCUUGACCAUUGAAGCCAACUACCUGAGCCGCCUUGAUCAUGCCAACAUUAUUGCACUCAAGGGUACCUGUGAGACCACUGUCGUGCUCGAUGGGGACGUCUACGAGUACCACGCCAUUAUUACCAACCGCAUCACCGAGACACUCGAUCAACGGAUCGACUACUGGAACUCCCAAGACAGCGUUGCCAAGGACAGCGACUUUAUCUUGCACCUCAAGACGGACUAUGCCUUUCAGAUUGCUGAUGCCCUCUCGUAUCUACACAAACGACGCAUCAUCUUUCGCAAUCUGACGUUGAGCAGUAUUGGUUUCACCACCAGUGAUACCAUUCAGCUCAUCAACUUUGAUUGUGUCAAGGAGCUUCCCGAAGGACAAGACUGUCUCCACGAUGGAUUCAAGGGGAGUCAGACGUAUGCCGCCCUGGAGAUUUACUCGGGUCGCCCUUACGACUUUAAGGUCGACUGCUUUGCGUGGGCAAUUUGCUUUUACGAGAUGCUCACACAAGAACCGGCCUUUACGACCACCACCAAUGAAGAAGCAUUGAUUCGGGAGCAUGGCUGGUGCCCUUCACUCCAAGACUGCGAUUACAUUCCCGAUGGACUCCUGGAUCUCCUCGAAGACAGCUGGGAAACCAACGUGGAGGAACGAAUCAGCAUGGCAGACAUUCGUCGACAGCUCGAGUGGAUCCUCUUUGGAACCGGCGAAGACUCGGACGAGGAUACUUCUACGAAUGCAGACAGUGGGGCUGACUUUUUCAGCAACACGCAAAAGAACAACAAGGCCAAGAUGGAAGGCGACCUGUCCGCCUCCGAGUUCUUCUUCUUGGAAGACAUGUCGGCACUUGGUUUGGACUUGAGCGAGAGCGCCAACUUUGCGCAGGCGCCGCAGCCACAAGCACAAGGUGGCCGUGGUCGCCGCGGCAGUGUGAACAGUGUCGAAGAAAUCAAUGCGGCACUGGGAUUUAGUGGCUGCCGCAACUCGUUCCUUCCCGCCGAGCUCCUGUUGGAUGCCAAGGAUGCCACCAAUCUAGUGCAAAAGGCAGCAUCGGCUACCCCGCAACAGCAAGCCUUGGCUGCCGAGGCACUGUUGCCCAAACUCGAAUACACGAGCCAGUUCCGUGGCCUGAGAAUAGAAACCAUCCCGCCCCCUUGCUUUGUGCCCCAGAACGUCAAGAACAAGCAAAGUCGGCGGCGAUCCAUGCAAAGAACCGAAAUGGCGGUCUGUGCUUAGAGAGGAAAUGGCAAAGCCACCGCCAAUGACAUCAAAGGAUAUACAGCUACAUCCUACGUAUUCCAUACUAUCUUGUCCAAGUAAAAUAACUGAAUACUGCUGUCAUGUGUGUCCUCAACUACUGGUACCAUGCCACGCCAUGUCUAGAACCAGCGAAGUGUCGCAUCAGAGCGGCC